CGUAUAAGAAAAUUGAGUGGAGUGGGCCUACCUCUAUCUCAAUCCCAUCUAGAAUCCUUGACUUUAUGAGAUAAUAAAACCUCAUUAAAUACUAGUUACUAAUAAAAAUUAGAUAGAAGCUUCAUUCAAAAAAAAAAAAAAAAUUAGAUAGAAGCUAGAAACAAUAAUAUAUAUAAAUAUUAAAAUAGCUAAAAAAAAAAAAGAAAAACCCAAGGGUCGGUGAAGAUAUUGCCAUAACAACCACCUGCUUCAAACAAUUAUUUUCUCAUCCACUUUCUUUACCUCAACUCUUUCCCGGAAAACAACAACCUCAACAUGCUUGCUCCUGGACUAAAACCACAACAAGAACAUCCUUUUCGUUUCCACGAAGGGAUUGGGUCAAGAACUGAUCAGGGACAUGACAGGUGGGAAAGGAUGAACUAUGCUUGCUCUGCUCCGAAUCCAACCGGAAACCAUGGAGAUCAUGAUUCUGGGGUCAUUUCACCCCGUCUUUGGAGCCCACCCAGAAGCCCAAAUCACCAGCGAGCCCAUUACCGGAGUCUAUCGCCGGCGUCUCGUACCCAAGCCAUCGUCAGAGGUCAGAAGGAGAUGAUGGAGAUGGUUCAGAACAUGCCCGAGUCAUGUUACGAACUUUCCUUAAGAGAUCUUGUAGAGCAGCCGAUAGUGGCCGAAGCUCGGCGAAACGAAGACAAGGAUGCAAAUAUAAGUAGGAACGAUAGUCAGAAGAAAAGGAACAGUGAUUUUGGGAAUAAGGGAAAAGAGAUCAGAAGAAGUGGAACAAUGGAAAAUGAAGGGCUUCUUUUAAAGAUGGUUUUUCCCGUCUCUUUUGGAACUAAGAAGAAGAAGAAAACAAUGGUCACUAACAGAAAUGAUCAGUCAAUUUCGGUUAAUAACAGUUCCAAAGUUUCCCCAAAACCUUUUGUUUCUGAUGGAUCUAAGGCUGGAAUUAGUAACAGUAGUUGUAAUAAUAGUGGUGUGGACAAAGAGUGGUGGAAGAAGAGGAAUUCUGUGUCUGGAGAGAGUGAAAGUGGUGACCAAUCGAGUCUUAACAGUGGUAGCAUGAAAAGCAGUUCUGGCAGCAGAAGUAGCAGUUGCAGCAGUAGGAACAGCAGCAGCAUCAGGCAUGGAAGAGGUGGAUGCUGGGGGUUUAUAGGCAAAUGCAGAGGCAAAGACACGGAAUGAUUGAGGUGAUUUCAACGAAGUGGAGGAUCUUAUUAUAAAUUCGUGUAAUAUAUAGUAUCCUUCCAACAAAGCUAUAUAUAUGUCGUAAAAUAUUGCUGGAAAAGAGUGAUGGUGUCUUGUGUAUAUUCUUAGCAUAAAGUUUUCCCAAAAGAAAAGAAAGAAAUGGGGUUUCAUAUUUUUGUUCUUUCAUUCAUAUCCCAUCAAUUCCAGUGUUUGUGUUGAGAUAUACAUGAUUUCAUGAGUUUUGCUUCAAUUGUAUGUACUUGAUGAGUUUUGAAAGCUAGAAAGAAACUCAAUAAUGAAGAAAUCUAAUGUUGAGAAGCGAUGUUAAAA